AUGCCAGGCAAAAAGCGGAUGAUCGAUGCGGAUGGUGAGAAGGACCCAAGCCAACCCAAGUGGCUGGACCGCCCUUCUGACCUUUCCGCAACUUCCGGCCCAAGCAGUAUACAUGCAAGGCGCACCCCCUCGAGUAGUGCUAGCCAGUUGGCCGCACACCAGUACUUGAUACCUUUUCUGUCUGCUGUUUCCCUUGGGUUCGCCUUGGAUCCUCUUGCUUCUUUGGCUGCGCAUACCUUCCGGCUACAGUCUCGCUGUUCAACCGAGUCGCAUAGUUUCCUCUAUUCCCUUUCACUCGCGCUUUCACACCGCAUUCUUCUCAAGACUACACCAUUCCUACUAAACACACUCAUCAUGAGGGGCCGUGGGGGUCUCGCGUUAGCUACUGCGGCAUUGCUACUAGAGCUUGUGCCGCUGGCAGUCGCCCAUGGUGGCGACAAAGCCAUGGAUAUGAAUGCGCAUGAUAUGCCCAAAGCGCAACCUCAACAAGCCGGUUUCGGAGGCUACUGGAGUCUUUCUGAAUAUGCUUCGCUCAUGUAUUGGCACAUUGGGCUUGAAGUUUUGGCCUGGGUCGUUGUCCUACCAUUAGCCGUCAUGUUCAGUAUCGCGCGUUCGCGCUUUACUCUGCUGUCGCAAUUAGUCUUCCUUGCUACCAAUGCACUCGCGCUUGUGCUUGGCCUCAUCUACAACCAUAAGACACCAGAAAUGUAUGCAGGAAACGCGCACAGCAAGGCUGGAUGGGCCAUUACGUGGAUUGCUUCGGUAUGGGUGUUUUUGGCUCUGGUCCAGGUCUAUGCUGGCAUGCACGACAACAAGUCGAUCGAAGAUCAACUCAAACACUCCAUGACGGCUGCAAAUAUGCUCAGAUACCAGCGCGUACAGGACGAGGAGCUCUCGGAUUCAUCAAGAUGGUCGGGCGAUUCUGGCCAAGGCACCGAGCGAAACUCGGCUUCGUUAUACGACCCAUCCCCAUCACCCAGCGUCGAGUCCGAAGUCCAGCAGUUUAUCGGCCAAGCCCACAACGAUGCGCAUGACGACGAAGCUGGUGAAGAUGACAAUGAAAAACACGGUCUCCUACACGACACGCCCAUAGACCGCUUCUUGGCUCGCAACGUGGCCCGAUUUGCUGCAGGCCGUACACUGAAGGCGAUGCGAUUUUUCUAUGUCGUGGUUGAGCGUACCAUGUUGAUCCAAGGUUUCGUGGCCAUUGUCAGUGGUGCUGUCGUUUAUGGAGGCAUUGGACGGGGAGGCGCCGUUUUCAACGUUCUGGCGCACACGGUCAAGGGAGGAAUCUUCUUCGUGUACGGUUUCCUCACGCUCGGCCGGUGGAUGGGCGCAUUCGCAGACUUUGGAUGGGCAUGGAACGUCAAGCCGCCCAAGGAGGUUGUUGGUCGUUGGCGAGCGGCGCUCCCGUCGGCCGAGUUUACCGAGUCGUUUGUCAUCUUUCUCUACGGCUGUACCAAUGUUUUCCUCGAGCAUCUGGCUGCGUGGGGCGACGCAUGGACUGCGCAGGACUUGGAGCACGUCUCCAUCUCGGUCAUGUUCUUCGGCGGUGGUUUGUUGGGAAUGUGCAUCGAGUCGAGCAAGAUGCGCGAUCUCCUCAACAGCGGUGUUGUGGCCUCGCAGGCUGCCUCUGUACAGUACGAGGCAUGGCAGCAGCCACGCCAGUACCGCUUCUCCAUGAACCCUCUGCCGGCAUUGAUCAUCAUGCUGCUCGGCAAGAUGAUGAGCUCUCACCACCAGGACUCGAUGGUUUCGACCAUGAUACACAGCCAAUGGGGGUCCAUGUUCAUGGGCUUCGCGCUUGCACGUGCUCUCACCUACAUCACUCUGUACGUUUCGCCGCCGACAUCCUUCCUUCCAUCCCGGCCACCAACCGAGAUUGUGACUGCAUUCUGUCUCAUCUCAGGCGGCAUCACUUUUAUGGUCAGCAACAAGGAUACUGUUGCAGCUCUCGAAUCAUACAACCUGGAUGCCAUGUUCAUCUUCACAGUCGUCAUGGGACUCACCGCGCUUCUCAUGGCUUGGACCACAGUUGUCAUAGCCAUCAAGGGCUGGGCCUUGCGCAAGGAGAGUAGCAGUCAAUGGCCCAAGGGCCACACUGGUGCCUUGGCUUGAUUGCUUGCCAGUCAGUAUCAGCCUCGAGCACGCUGGCUUGCUCUGAUGGACAUGCAUCUUGGAAGCUGGACUUUUCCUUUGAUACCCCACUUGUCGCCUUGUUUACGACCCGCAUGUUUCUUUUGUGUGUGUGUGUUUUUUUUUUUUGGCUUUAUGACAUUACUGCAGUAAACCCCCUUGGACCGAGGAUGGCGACAGCCUGGACAGCUGCAAUGGUACCCUUGUUUGUUGCAAUGAUGGCAGUGAUAAUGGAAGGGCCGUGGAGGGACGGGUUCCUUUGGCAACGGGCGCCUCAUCAAUCAUGAUCAAUAUUGGACAACGGACACAUGUUCUUGGUACUGAUGACGGCGAGUGCUCUCGGAGGCACAUGGGGUAGAGCAAUUACGAAUAAUUAAACUUGGUUCACCU